CGAACCUAAAUAAAGAGAUAUAAACAGCAAGUACAGUGCAUCAUCUCUACAGUUACAAACUCUCCAUCACAAACCAGAGAAUUAAGGCUCUGUUUGUUUGUCAAUCAAGAACAUAACACAAUUAAGUUUUGAUUGAUUAAGAUUAAAGAUGGAGAUUUGUGUGAAAAAGACGCUACAUGAAUUGAAUCUUGCUGGAAGAAAAGCUGAAGAAGCAGCUUUGAGGCGGUACCAAGCGAAGGAGUGGCUUGAGAGCCUAGUCGGGCCUCUCGGAAUAUCUAAGCAGCCGUCGGAAAGGGAAUUUAUUUCUUGUUUGAGAAGUGGGUUGGUUCUUUGUAAUGCAAUUAACAAGAUUCAGCCAGGAUCAGUUCAAAAGGUUGUCGAGAAUCACUUGCCGUCAGAAUCACAAAAAUGGGAUUCCCAGCCAUUGCCAGCUUAUCAAUACUUUGAAAAUGUUAGGAACUUUUUGGUAGCGGCAGAAAAGUUAAAAUUAACAACUUUUGAAGCACCUGUCCUCGAAAGGGACAAUCUGGAGGCUGGAUCAUCAGCUAAGGUCGUUGAUUGCAUUUUAGAGCUUAAAGUUUUCCAUGAAAGGAAGCAGAGGGGUGGAGAAUAUGUAUCAUUAAAGCCUCAAAGAUCCCCAUUUGUAACGCAUUAUGUGGGUAAAAUUCACUCACAUGUUUUAGAGGAAACUUCUACUGACCCUCAUAGGCGACUAGAUAUGAAUGCAAGCUGCAAUAGAAAAACAUUUGCUGAGAGCGGAACACAGGAACUUGAAGAUUUAUUGGUUGCGGCUCUUGCUGAAUGUAUGGUAGAUAAAAAGGAAAACAUAGAUGCUAACCUUCUUGCUUCCUUUCGCAGUGGAAAUCAGUCUGCAAUCAAUUUAUUACGCCAGACUAUGUCAAGCUGUUUGGAAGGACAAGUUCAGAACAUGCUAACAGAGGUGAAGCCAGCCCUAGUUGAUUGUUCAGCAGAAGAAUGCAACUCCAUCACACACUCAAAAAGAACUACAUUAACGGAAAACUCCUCAGUUCUUGGGAACAGGAAGUGUUGCAGAGCUUGCUCAAACAAAGGUUACUGCAAUCAUCACAUGAUUUUCAAGAUGCAAGAAAAUGAACUUUCAGAAAUUAAGUCAUUGCUGUCAAGAACAAAGAAGGAGUUUGAAGGCUUGCAGUCCCAAUUGCAAACAGACAUGAAACAACUGGAGACUCAUGUGCAAGAUAUGUCUGCAGCAGCUCUCAGAUAUCAUAAGGUUGUGAAAGAGAACAUAAACUUGCAUAAUAAGGUUCAGGAUCUGAAAGGACUUGAAAAAACUUUGGCGGUUGCUGAUGUUAGUGCAGAGGAAACAGAGCUUCGGAAAGAGCUUGAGAGCCUCAAAAAGGCAUUGUCUAAGAGGAAUAGGCAGAGCUCAGUAGUUAACAUUCUCAAGGAAAACAGAUCACCUUCAGAUAAGCCUAAAUUAAUAACCAACCAAACCCCAUUGCGUCCUAGAAGGCUGAGUAUUGAAACUUCUAAUACAAUUAGAAGAGAGAAAGCUCUUGCAAAUAGAACCAAAGAAACAAGUCCCUUGUUACCUGGUGCUUCUGCUGAGAUAACUCCUCCGCCUCGAGGGUUGAAGGUUGAGAAUCGCUACACCCCAACAAUAAAGAAAUCACCACGCGCCCGCAGAUUAAGUAUCGGAACUUCCAGUGUCGUUAAAUUGGAGAAAGCAAAGGAAACUGGACCUAAGGGAACAAAUUAUGUGUUGGAGAAAGGUCAAGCAAAUGCUGAGAGAACUCCUCCUCGUCCUCGGAGGCUUAGCGUCGAAAAUUGCAGCACAACAAAAAAAGGGAAGACAGCAUAUUUGGAAGACAAAAAGGUGCUUAAAACUCCUUCCAUGCAAAGUCGAACAAGAAGACUAAGUUUGGAAGGUCCAAGAUAUGUGAACAAAGACUCCGCUAAUUUAGAGAGGACUGGUGCACCUCAGGCAGCUUCCAAGCCAAAAGUGUUCCCUAGUCAUGUUGAUUCUACACUUGAUGUAUCUCGUCAAAUGGCUCCGAGGAGUACUGUAAAUGCUGUUUAUAAUAAUCAAGUAGCAAGAGGUGGAAGUGAAAUUAAAGUUCCUUCACUUCAAUUACCCAAAACACCUGAGCCAACUGUCUUUGCCAAAGGUGACUUGGUGACUCCUUUGGAGUCGCAGACAACUAGCACGACAGCUAUUGCAAAUGGAAAAGCAUCUCAUAUAAGGAAAUCGCUUCGGGCCAUCGGGAGAUUGAUCAAUGGCUCUGAGAAAAGGAACCAACAUAAACAGAAGGAAACACCUCUAAUAAAAGCAGAUGGAAGUCUUAACAUAAAGUCGCCAACUUCGGGCAAUGCAAGGACACUGAGAAGACGGUCACUGAGUGGGACACAGUGCCCAAACAUGUCAAGUACAACCUCAGUUGGAGUCAAUUUAAAUGGCUUUACUGUUAUUCCCACAGGUUCAUCCCGCGCCAUUUCACCCCCUCCAGUCCGCGCUUCUACCAAGUCGCCGAAACGCUGGCUUUAGAUUCUUAGUGGCCUGUACAAUUAUGAAAAGACUGCAGAAAGUGCUUUAGCUCGAAGCAUACUACUGACAUGCUGGUACAUGAGAUGGGGCACAAUUUUGUCAACUGUGGCAUUGCUAUUGCUGGUGUAUUUGCCUUGUAGAACUAUAAUUAGCCAAGGUAGCAAUAGGCAGGACGAAGCUAAUACCUUUUUUUGUAGCCCAGAAAAACAAGGAGAAUAUUUUUCAAGUUUAGCUUUGUUUUUUUAGUUUUCAGAAUUACAGCCAACAUUGUAUUUACAACGCAAAAAAUAAUUAACCAGUA